GCGCACAUUUACACACGCACAAGCACUGACACUGGUAUGGUGUAAGCACUUUUUCUAUGUUUCUUUUUUUAAAUUAAUAAUAGAUGGUUCGUGUCGAUGGUCCUAUAUUUUUCUAUGUACGCUUAUACCCGCACCGCACACGGAUCCGAAAAUAUGAUAGGUCCUGCAGUGCAAACAAAUGUCUGGACAACAACAAUGAAAACGUAAGGAAUUGUAUUACACGGAGAGCAUGAAGCUAAAAAGGAAUUGUCACUCCUAACGUAAGCGCAGCAGGCCUUUAUUUGUCCACAGAAAACCGGGAUAAAUACUAUUGUAGCUUUGUGUAGACCCAGAUGCCUCCACUCCCUAUUGGCGAGCGCAUAGUGGUUAUUCAGCGCCCUAAAAACUUGGCCCUACUUGGGUCCUCCCCACAGACCUCACCACAGCCUCACUCCCAUAUAACAGCCCUCAGCAACAAACCUCUCUCCCGCCCUUCUCAUCCCCACCCUCCUCAGUCCCACCCUAAUCCUCCCUCCCCGAAUUCACUGUCUUUGGAAUGCAAGAGCAGAUCAUCAUCCCGUCUGCAGAAAACCAAGGGCAACAAGGCUAUCGUGUCAGAGGGUGUCAGACACACCGCUAGCCACUGUCACAGCAACGGGACCGUGACUCUUGGCCCUAGACCCCACCAACACACACACACCAUCGACAUCAAGUUAUCCGUGAACAAAGGAACAAAAGGACAAGGGCACAGCAACACUUUAGGUCGCAGUGGGAGUGUGAAGGUGGGCAAAAAAAGGGUCUCGUUGUGCUUGGUUCCCGGAUACGGGGAGAGAAAAGCUGGGGGAACAUCAGGGAAGCCUGGAGGAGCAGUGCAGCAACUCCAAAACCACCCACAGAACCAGAUCAAGGCCUCACUAGGCAAUCGCCAUCAGAAUCAUCUGGCUGUGUCCCCAGGAGGGGUUCUAGAAUUUGUCCCAGCCCAGAGACAGCAGUCCAAGUCCAGAAGAGAGAAGGCGCAGGACGCAGCUUCCAAAGUCUGCUCUGCCAGCUUCCCCCCCAGAGGUGCCCGGGAAGUGCCCUGCGUGGGUAACAAAGAGAAUUCCAAACUGGGACCUGUCCAUGAAAACCCCAACGCCCACAGCCUGCCCCGCCACCACAACUCUGUUCCUGUUCCCCAUGCCUCCGUCCUAAACUCCCAUUACCCUGCUUCCCCUCCCUCCCACCAACCCUGUGCUUCUACCUCGUUCCAGCAACCCCUCAACAAGCCCCAUCCAUCCCGUGGCAGGGACCAUCGCCCUCAGAUCCUCCACGGCCUACCCCUCUCCCCCUGUUCCUCCCGUGGAGGUUUCCCCAGCCCAGACCACACCUGUACCAUCGACUUCUCUCAUCCCUUCAGCUGUGGCUGCUGGAAGCUGGUCCGCUGCAGGGGGGCCAGGGGACGUUCUGCUGGCUGUCAGGGGGUUGGGGGGAGUCCAUCUUCUUCUUUUUCCUGCGCCCACGGCCACGGGGUUGGAGGGGUGAACCACAGAGGGGGCUCAGCAAUGGGUUUAAGAACUCUGGGGGGAUGUUUGUCCACAGCCUCCACCACCAACACCUCAUCCUCCAACAGCACUGUGUCGGACUGCCGGACGGGCUUGCUCAGACCCCUGCGAUGUGCCUCCUGCGCCGGGGAGGCUGGUGCCUUUGAGAGUCCUGCUGCAUUCCGCAAAAAACUGGUGGGGGGAUGCCUGCCCUGUACCCCACUAUCCUCCUCAGCCCCGCUGCGAGCCUUACAGAGUUGUGUGAGUGGCUGCAACCCCAAAGCCAGUCAGGGCGGCAGCUCUACCUGCAGUUAUUGUAGCAGCGACCCCAUAGUGGUGACCUUCAACCCCCACCGGGGCAGAAAGCCCCCCGGGAUGGGGAGGGGUAUAGUGUCAGGGCACCCCAUGGGGGUAUUCCCCGCCGAUGACGAUGAUUACAGUGUGCGCACAAUCUGGCCCGAGGAGCUGGCGAAGAAGAUGACCAGGUCUAAAACUCAACAGAACCACCAGAGCUGUGCCGGGAUGGGGAUGGGAAUGGGGAAGACAUGUGCCGGUCAGAAUCAGAACAGCAGCAACGGAACCAGCCCUGUUAUCCUGGACUGUAAGAACCUGUUGGAGUUCACCCGGAAUCAGAUAACAGACCACGCUGGCCGCCGCCGGCUUCAGCAGGGCAAGAUGGCCGUCCUGGAUUUCAUUGGGUCUGGGUCUGGGCCUGGGCGAGAUCCAGGCCGGGACUCGCUGAAGAGGCUCUGGAAGAAAGGUGGGGAGACAGGGAUGGUGGAUGGCAUGGGGCAGGAAGACGAUAUGGCAUACCCUCGCACCCCCUCCCCCCCGAUCCCCCUCUCCCCAAUCCCCUUCUUCCUUCUCAACAGCACCGUCAGUUCCCAGCACUCUCCUCAAACCCAAACCAAGACAGAGAGAUGCAGAGGGACGGUAUUCCCUCCCCUCCGCCCCGUCCCUCCACCUGGUCCUAAACUCAGUCAACAGAGAGCAGGACGAGGAGAACGGCAGAGUGCACCUCACUCUGCCGCUCUCCUCCUCGCUCCCGGCUUCCCUGUCAGAUGAGAGUGGGAUGACCCCUGAUGUGGAGAAUGCGGUGGUGAGCCCCAUCCUGCCCUUCCUUUUCCUGGGCAACGAGAGGGACGCCCAGGACCUGGACCUACUGCUGCGUCUCAACAUCGGCUACGUGGUCAACGUCACCACACACC